AUGGCCUUACAGGAGGGUGUGCUGUUUUCACCACCUACAUCUCGUCAUCCAUUAGAUCAGCUCCCGAGCUUCUCCGAUCCGAUCGCAAAACCAGCACAAGACAUCACAAUCCAGCAAGCACACCUCGAGCACAACACUUCGGCAUCGCCAUCCUCAACCUCGCCAACGACCCAGCCAAGCUACUCCUUCGCAUCGACAAACCUUCCACGCGAACUACGCGCCUGGCAGCGACAGGCUGCACAACCAUUCGCGCCGCGAAACGACGCGCAUACCAAGAUCUGGAAGCGGCCGCGACAGCCGCUAUCGGACAUCGUGAGUGCCUCUAACACGCGAUGGCGUAGAGGAGGGUACGAUGAUGAGGAGGCAUUGCGGUCGAGUAAGAGGGUGAAGCUGCGACAGGAUGUAGAGGGUAAGGAGAACGAGGUAAUGGUUGCUGUGAACGACGUGUCGACAGAACCGGUCGGAGAGGGUGAAGAUUUGGUCGCUGGACAGCCGUCUCCGGGUGAAACAGCUGAGCAAGAUGCCGAAGGAGACUCCAAGUACGCUGAGGAAGGCGAAGCACCAACAAAGCCGAUGCAGGAUCAUACGGAGACCGAGGCACAAAUACAUGCACGACCACAGCCUGAGCAGAUCACGAUCGAAGUACAGUCUGAUCAGAACAACAGCCAGACAUCGGAAUUUUCCCAACAGCAAGACGAUGUCUUCCAGAGCGAGAACACGCUUUCCGAAGCCGUGGUCCAUUCAGAGGAUCAUACACAUGAGCUUGCGGAAGCUACUGAGGUAGCUGACUCACAAGACGAGCCUUCAGCAGAGGCGCUCUUCACUGAAGAAAGUUACGCCAACAAAGGGGGCGCAGAGUUGCCAUCAUUCGAGACUUUCGCCGACAACAUCUUCGCUUUGCCACACAAUGAACGACCAGCUCAAGGACAAACGGACGGCAAAGAAGCAUCUGCCUCACCUAUCGCCACAGAUAAAGACCAGAACGCUGCCUCAGCGAAUACACACGAGGAUGAAGACACUGCCUACCUCCAUCAAUUUCUUCAACGCGCCAAAGAAGCCCGCGAGAAGAAUCAAACCGCCACUUUGUACAGGCCUGUAGGCGAUCGCAUCAAGCAACACCUGCAAGACCAACAGAACAACCCUACAUCUCCUACCGCCAAGCGUCCAGCCUCGCCAGAACCUCCUGAGAUAUCAGACUCGGAUUCAGACGAAGCUACUAUGACUAUGACCAGCACUCUACUAGUUCCGAGCAUCGAAGAAGAUCAGUCUGAACAAGCGCCAUCGUCUCCCAGUCGCCGAAGCAACAGGCUCACGAAACUCCCACGUCCAGCACAACGUAUUGCAACCCUCCCAAGCAAUAUCUCACUACGUCGCCUGAACGGGACCGAAUUCGUAGCGAUGGCGAAAAGCAGGACCGAGGCGCAGAACGCGGCCCUUCUCGUCCGCAAUAAUACGCGAAAGAACAAAGAUGGCGCGCUCAGCGUUUCCAAACGUCUGGCACAGAUCAAGCUAGGCCUGAUCAAGGAUGGUAGUAACCAAUCUGACGGCAGCAACGGAUCGCAACCCAACAGUGAGGAGGAGGCAAAAGACAACAAACGCAAAGCUACGCACAAGGACAACAAACGCAGAUUGAAGCAAUGCAAUGUGACGUGGGCAGCCAAAAUAGCUCGCUUCCGAGAUGACGACGGUGAAGAAUACGAUGUUCUGACGGAGAGCGAGGGCGAAGAGGAGAAGAAAAUGACCGCAAAAGACUACAUGGCGGUGUUUGAAGCGCGUGAAGCUCAAAAGACCAGCGAUGAAGGCGAGGCUGCCAACGACGAGGCAUUAUCGCCGCCUGGCUCGCCGAGUAAGCGCACGAGAGCAAAGCUGGCAAAACUUGCGUCGGUCACCGAGCGCGUGGAUCAUGUGGAGGGUGCCUCGCAGCAAGCAAGCAUACCGCAGGCGACUGCAACAUCGAAGUCGACGAAGACCGUUGAUGAGGAAAGCGCACAGAAGAGCAAAAGUACACACAAACGCAAACGCAAGCAGGCACAAGGCUCACUCAACGGCACUCCUGCGCCAUCGAAGCGAAAUUUCGAACUUGCUGUUGGUGUCGCGCCUGCGGCUUCCGAACAAAAGUCAACGGCGGCUGUCACUAUAGCAGAUAAUGGAAAGGCGGCGGCGGUCGCCGUGGCCGUGCAAGUGCCUGCACAGGCAAGCGGCGCCUCGCAGCUACCCAGACCGAGCCAGACGGUUGAGGCAGGAGCAAAGUCUGUCGCUCCUGCUGCCGCAACGCCCUUGGCAAACACGAAGCGGAUUAGGAUGACGAGGAGCGCGAGAGCUGGCUGA